AUGGCUCCUGGUGUGGCCAGAAAGGGCCCAGCGACAAAGAAAGGCAAGACCGACAAGCCGACCCCUAAGCAUGUGCAACUUGGCCUCGCUCCUGUCCAUGGAACUCAGAAGCCGUUAAGGCAGACUUCUCUGCCCAGAUUCUCGGUUCCUAUAUCUCCGUCAUCCUCUCAGGACGUUGACAAGACCACUCCUGUGCGGGUUGAGCAUCCAGCGUCCUCUCCGAAGGGGAAAGAGAAAGCGGUUGAGGUAGACGAUGACAAUAAUCAAAUGUGGGUGGACAGAUAUGCGCCGACGAGUUCAGAGAACCUUGCUGUCCACAAGCGCAAGAUCGAUGAAGUGAGACAUUGGCUUGACGAAGCGAUUACUGGUGGUCCAACCGGCAAGUUGAAGAGAUAUCGUAGGCUCCUCGCGUUGACGGGUCCUGCGGGUGCCGGAAAGACGGCCACAAUUCAAGUACUUGCGAAGGAGUUGGGAAUUCAGAUUACCGAGUGGCGAAAUGAUUCAGACGUGCCUUUAUUCCAGCCUCUCUCGCACGAGAGCUUUGAAUCCUCAUCAUUCCGCUUCGAGACUUAUCUAUCCCACACGCAUUCCGUUUUGCCUUGGAGUCCUCCCAACCCUUCCACCGCUGGGACGUCCGCUGCUCGGCUUCUGUUGCUCGAGGACUUGCCCAAUGUUUUGCAUGCCGAUACCCGUCAAGCAUUCCAAUCGUACAUACAGGGUUUGGUCGAGAGUGGUACGGGUCCACCUAUAGUGCUGAUUGUGAGUGAGAGUGGGUCAAGGGCAAUGGGGGCAGACACGUGGAGGAGGGAAGAGAAGUGGGACAUUAGGAAUAUCCUGGGUCCCCGGUUGAUGAAUAGUCCUUAUAUGAUGGAGAUUCAGUUCAAUGCAGUGGCCCCGACCAUCAUGCACACCGCCCUCUCACGAAUACUAUCGCAGACGCAUCCAACGCCCGCUAGCUUACGACCAUCACCGGAGACUCUAGAUAUCAUCGUGGAAGGUUCAAAUGGGGACAUACGAAGCGCUAUCAGUGCGUUGCAAUUUGCCUGUCGGUUGCAGAUGGCGGAAGGGGUCAAAGGCGGAGGAAGUGGGAAAAGAAGGAGAGGAAAGAAGGGAAAACCUGGAGAUGAGGUCAGGAGAAUAAUUGAAGGUCUUACACGGAACGAACAAAUACUGGCACUUUUCCACAUCAUCGGGAAAAUACUGUACAAUAAGCGAUACGGUGAUCCCGAAGAGAAGGAAGAGCAACACCCUAAAGCGUUGGAAGAACAUGCUCUUCCUCUCCCGCCCCAUCUGCAUGAGUUUCGGCGGCGACCCUCAAAGGUUGAUCCAAACGUGCUAUACGCCGAUUCUCCUGUAGACAUUUCUUUACUAUCAACCUAUUGUCAUCAGAACUAUCCGCAGUUUUGUACUGAGAUGGACGAAAUGGAAGCAGGCGCGGAAUGGAUAAGCUACAGCGAAGCAUUUUCAUUAGAUCCAGAACAUUUCAAUCCUCAACUUCCUGAAUACGCAUUUCACCUCCUAAUCCGUGGGAUGCUGAUGUCUCUACCAUCGCCCGUUCCAAGGCGCAAUCAGAAGUUACUCAAAAGCGCUUUCUGGGAAAUCAAUCGAAAAGAAAGGGAUGCGCAGGAGUCACUUCGAUCAUGGUCGCACCACAAUCUGGAAGCUGCCCGAGAGCACCGAAGUACCGAGAUGCUGGAACGGGCAUGGUUGAUGCGACGUGUUGGAUCAGUACAGCCUAGGGAGGUGCUGGAACUAGCUUACAUGCCUUGGAUGCCGCCGAUACGAGGCGGUGAAGUUGGACAGCAGCUGCUGGAAGGAGAAGUCCCAGAUAUGGAGCCGGACAUGCCAAUUUCCCAACGCCACAAGGUGGAAGUGGACGACGGCGAGGAUCAGGAAGCUGAGAACGGGCAUUGGCUAGAGGACGACGACAUCGAGAGCGAGUAG